AUGUCUGCUCUCGCUCUCCGAACAUUAGCCAAGACAUUGAGACCAAGCGAGGUCUCUUCUUUGCGGACAUUCCAUUGGUCAGCCCGGCGGAACAAGCAUUUCCUGAACGCGAAUGAAGCGACUUUUGAGGAGGCCAUCACGAACAAAGACAACGUCGUAUUGGUCGAUUUCUACGCAGACUGGUGUGGUCCAUGCAAGAUGCUGUCUCCCAUCCUAGAGAAGCUGACAACCGACCCCUCCAUAAAGUCCGGCAGCGGUCUGCCGCUCGACCUGGUCACCGUAGACACAGACACAGAGACGGCACUUGCGUUGAAGUACAAGAUUCGCUCCCUUCCGACCGUUAUUGCAUUCAAAGAUGGACAGCCUAUCAGUCAAUUCAUGGGUGCGGUUCCCGAAGCACAUGUUCGCAACUUCUUGACGGCCCUGUAA